GAGUUACUUCCUUUCACAAGGUCGCAUCUCGGCACUCACCUGUGUGUUUGCUUGUGAGGCAGCACGUUAUCACACCAUACAUUUUCACAAGUUCUUGUGCCAGUUGAGAUAAUGGGAAGCACCAUGCUGGGUCAUGUUCAGAGCAUGCUGCUCAGAAGCAUUUCACCUGCUUGUGUUUUGCAGAGAUCUUCAGAGAAGCAGAGGAUUCUUGCACAGUGGCUACUGCCAACAUCUCAAGUGUCUUAUCUCUUGUCUCAGAGAAUGUACAGUUCAACAAUGCAUAAAGUACUUACAUUUCCCAAGGUGCUCACCAACAAAGACCUCAGAUUUAGAUCUCCCAGUUCAUUAAUAAGUCAGAGUGAGAAGGCUCUUGGAUCAAGAAAUUUUAGUCUGACAUCAUGUGCAAAAACAAACAAGGAGGACCCUUAUAUCCUCAAAGGCAAACUUGUAUAUAAAGGAAAUUUAGCAGGCUCAAUAAAAGGUGUCAAACUUUUUUCCUUCUCUACCAGCCUUAUGGGACUGGCUAUGCAGCCAGCAAUUUACUUGCAGAAUGAAGGACUUCCUACUGGUUUCAAACUGGCACUAGCUGGAGCUGUCAAUUUUUUUGUUUUUCUUAAUCCAAUUUUAAUUCACUUCAUUACAAAAAGAUAUAUUCGGGACAUUUACUGGGACCCAGAGACUGGAAUUUUCACAGCCACAACAUAUACAUUCUUCCUUAGGACAAAAGAAUUGGUGUUUCUUGCAGAUGAUGUGCAUGUCCCAGCCGUCCCUGGAAUUUUUACAUCUUUAAAGGUGAAAGGCGAGCCUGUUUUCUUUGACCCAGGAUCAUUCCUUAGCCAGGAAGCCUACGUACAUCUUAUGGGAUUCAACAAGCCACUGGACUGGGAGCUGCCCAAAAAGGAGGAUUGUGAAGACCAAGGAAAAAAAUUGUCUUAAUUGUCUUGAACAGAGGGAAAUGACAUUAAAAAUGAGAAAAUAUUUAGUCUGUAAUUAUUUAAAUGUUAACAGUUUCUUGUUUUGUUUUGGCCUUAAUUUUUGUUAGUGAUCAAACAUCCCACAACUACUAAUCAUUAGACUGCUAAAUGCAAACUGCUUCUGAACAUCACCUUAAAACUCAUCUUUUGCAGAAAUAGAUAACAGAUUCGCUUUUUUUGUGCGAGUGCAUGUGUAUAUGUAUUUUGUACCUAAGGGGUAGCUUUUAGCUAGAAUCUGGCACAACAUAAGACAUUAUUUAUGAUAAAUGCAAUGUUCCCUACUCAUCUCCACCCCCAAAAAAUGAACAUAGUUUAUAUUAAGUUGAUACCUGUAGCCCUAUUCCUUCCCCAGAAUUCUGUAUUUUUAAUAAAGUGGUUUGGUAUUGAAAACUUA